AUGGCAGGUACACUGCCACCGAUUUUUCCGAUUACAGAUGACGACCAUGGUGGCUAUACCGCUGUCUCCCUGUACACUCUCCUGGCUCUGAGCGUUUUCGUCGUAGCUACACGGUUGUCGGCCAGGUAUUACAUUGGGAAAAUGGUGCAGAUAGAUGAUUAUCUACUCGGAAUUAGCACAAUUAUUGCAAUAUUGCAAAGCGUGUUUGUGCAGCUGGCAAUCAGUCAUGGUCUCGGGAAACGGCAAGAUAUUGUGUCUAGCCAUGACUCGGGUCUUUUCGAAAAGUACAUAUACGUCGCUCAGAUCCUUUUGAUAGUUUCGGUUGCACUCAGCAAACUUUCCAUCGGUCUGCUUUUUAAGAGCCUUAUGAACAGAGGAAUUACGCGCUGGGUCAAUUGGGGUUUGAUUGGUGCAGUCAUUGUAUGGGCCGUUGCAUCGAUAGUCGCACUUGCAGCACGAUGUUCCUCACCUCAUCCGUGGAGUUUUGUGGAUGGGAAAUGUGAUUCACAGGAUACCAUGUUUCGAGCAAUCGGCGCCGUCAACAUCGUCACUGACGUCGGUUUGGUCCUUUUGUCCUGUGGUGUUUUGUGGACUGUACAAGUGUCGGUGACAAAAAAGUUACGAAUCAUCACCCUGCUCGCGAUUCGUCUCGUCGUCGUCAUCGCAGUGGCAUUCCAAAUACACUCCUAUAUCAUUCUCAUAAAGUCCGCGGAUAAAACUUGGACGCAAAUGAAUGCAAGCAUUUGGGAUCAAGCUGUGAUGAAUAUAAGCAUAAUCGCAACAUCAAUCCCAUCUCUUGGACGCCUUGCUCACGAAUUGCAGCCGAAUGUUAAUGCGUUCGCAAUGACCGAAAACCACGGUCUUCGAGCCGGAGAUAAAUACACAAUCUCGUCGCUAGCCAAUCAUUACCCGCGUGAGACGGCCGAGCAGAACAUGUUAGGCACACAUACUUCUAUCCAUGGAAGUGUGGAUGGUGAAACGGAGAGUAUGGAAGGGCUUGUCAGGAAUGGCAUUCACCAGAAUGUGCUUGUAUCGCAGACUGUAGAGCUCAAGGUUGAGGAGAGAGAAUGCAAUAGACCUUAG